AUGAAAACUAUUGAUGAUAUAGUAUUCGAUGAAAAUUAUUCACAUGCAACAUUUCGAUUUUUAGUACUUGAUGAUCUUAAAAUAAAUCGAGUUGGUCCUUUACCCGUUAUCGAAUUACCCAAUGCAUUACUUAUGACAUUUACACAUGUAUUUCGGAACUUAAUCCAAUGUCAACAAUAUAUAAGGGAUGACAAUCGAAAAAUAAUAACAUUAUUUAUUUCUAAUAGGAAUAUCAUUGAUUGGCAUAAUCGAUUCGAUGAAACUGAUAAUAAUAUAGAUAAAAUACAUAUUUUUUGUGAUACAUAUUAUGAUUAUAUACAAAUGAAACAAUGGAAUGGAUGUUAUAAAAAUAAAAUUCAAGAUGUUUAUUUACCUAAUGAGGUUGAUUAUAAAUUAGUGAAAUUAGGUGUCGAUUAUAUACGUGCAAUACUGCCAGACUUUAAAGAAGAUCGAGGAUUACAUAGAAAGUUUUGUACUGAUGCAAGACGAUUACUUGCAGCAUUAGAUCAAUAUUUUGAAGAUCAAGCCAAUAAUCAAGAUGAAAGUUGCUGA